AUGCCGGCCGCCAUCCGCGCGGCUGCCGCCAGCGCCCGCGACGGCUGCUCGACCUUGUUGCUGCUGCUGCUGCGGCGGCGGCGGCAGCAGCUGCUGCUGCUGCUGUGGUUGCUGUGGCUGCUGCUGCUGCUGCUGUUGCUGCUGCUGCUGCUGCUGCUGCUGCUGCUGCUGCUGCUGCUGCUGCUGCUGCUGCUGCUGGCGCCGCUGCCGCAGCCGCUGCUGAUCAUGCUGCUGCUCACCAUCCUGCCAUGGCGGCACCCCGUCGCCCUGCUGCUGCUGGACCUGCUGCGGCUGCCACUGCUGUGUGGCCGCGUGGCGACGCCAGCAUGA